CGCCCGCGCGCCUGUCACGUGACGAGCGCCCGCGCGCCUGUCACGUGAGGGGAGGCCGUCACCAAGGGAAGGGCGCGCCGCCAUCUUGCCAAGUUCAACUGUCAUCGCGAUAACAAUGCAGCAGCCACGUGACUAGAACAACAACAACAACAAUGUUGAAUACGAAAAAUAUGUAACAAUAUAAUAAACGCAAUAGGGAUUAUUCAUAAAUAAUAAUGCCAUACUAAAAUAAUACGGUAAUUGAUCCCUUCUGGCCUCUAAUGUGCUGUGAAAGGGCCUUUGCCCGAAACAUCGCCGAUUAUAUAACUUUUUUACUUUUCAGACACUUGUUAUUUUGACAGUUUGUUUUGGGUUUUUUUUGUGAAGUUCAAUGCCGAUUUAGGGUUUUAAAUUAAUUUGGAGUCUGAAAAAGAGCUUCAUAGCUCAUCGGAUUCCUCCAGGAUAAAUGUCGAUGUUGAUUAACAUUCUGGUUCCAACAUUGAAAUGGUGUUCCCCGAUACUGUAUUGGUGAUCCCUCGCUCGUCAUGAACACAAUGAUCACGCCAUCCCGAACAUCACCACGUCGUACCCCUUAGUGCCUAUCUUAUUGCAGACCAAUUCAGCCCUUAUUGAUCACCCCGUGCCCUUAUAAAUGUAAACGUUUAUUCUCCAAAGUUCCAUCACGAGGGAGAAACAUAUACAAAACAUUUUCUUUACAUUUUUCUGUACAAGAAUACGGAUAAACCGUUUGGGUUGACAGCAGGAUAGAAACACAAUGGAAGUGUGCGUCGACUCCGUUGAAUCUGCCAUUAAUGCUGAAUUGGGAGGUGCGACACGGAUUGAGCUCUGUGCUAAUUUGCUGGAAGGUGGGACUACCCCAAGUCUGGGCCUGCUGCAGGUGGUAAAGCAGCACACACAGCUGCCUGUGUUUAUGAUGAUUCGCCCACGUGGAGGAGACUUCCUCUACUCUGAGCACGAGGUGGAGGUGAUGCGUGCGGAUAUCCAGCAGGCUUGUAUUGGAGGAGCUGACGGGAUAGUAUUUGGAGCCCUCACUGAAUCGGGAACCAUUCAUCACGAUAUCUGCAGUGAACUACUCUCUCUUUCACGACCUCUCCCUGCGACAUUUCACAGAGCAUUUGAUAUGCUCCUGGACCCCAUGCAAGCUCUCGAAGAACUUAUUUCUCUUGGCUUCGAACGCCUUCUGACAAGCGGAUGUGAAAACACCGUACUCGAGGGGCUACCACUCAUAAAGAAACUUGUCCAACAGGCAAACGGACGACUUAUUGUCGUGCCAGGAGGAGGGAUUACUGAGCGCAACCUCCAGAGGAUUUUGGAGGGUUCUGGAGCGACGGAAUUUCACUGCUCGGCGAGAUCAGCCCGAAGCUCAGGGAUGCAGCACAGGAAUGACUCUGUGCGGAUGGGAGCUUCCUUCGGUCCAUCAGAAUACAGCCUAAAGAUUGCAGACCCAAGCCGGAUCUCCAUACUUAACAAUAUUGCUAAAAGUAUAAUCUAAAGAUAAUUUUCAGCUGAACGGCACAAUUCCUCUCCAUAGUCGUUUACAUUAUGGGUAUCCCUCUAUUUACGAACGUUCGGUUUACGAAAUUUUGCGUUAACUCAAUUGAAAAAUUAUGGACACUUUUUGAUUAACGAAAUCGAAUUUCACUACGCCUCGCGCCAUGAGAUCGUCAAACAAGAGGCUGUUUUGUCAUCCACAACAGCGUCACAGUGUCCCUGCAGUGCAACAGUAACGCUUCCACAUCACCUUGACAGUCAUUCCAACAUGUAGCAGAUCUUUUGGUGAGUUCCAUGACAAGGUUAAUUAUUUUAGUUUUUUGCCCGUUAUUAUUCCAUCCUUUUAAUAAUUGUUUAUUAUUUUUUGUACUGGGAAAAGUGAUAUAGGUGUGUAUUUUUAGCUUAGCAGUAGAGUUGGAAUGACUUCUGAAACACAUCCUUAGUUUUUUGUACAGGGGGUCUCUGGUUGACGACAGUCUAAUUUACAACGAUCCACAUUCACGACGUUUAUAUAACGCCACCGUGGAUCGACUUAUGACUUAAGAGAAACUUGAUUUACGACACAUCUUCCGACGUGAUUGAACGCAUUUGAACAGAGGUUAGUCUGGUUUCCAAUGCGACUUGGCAUGGAGCUUUUGUUAUUCUCAGAUGAUUUUGUGGAUGUUUACCUUUAACCCCCGGUUAAAUGUGGCUGAUAAAAGGAAAAACACAUCGGAAAGUGAUGUUUCUGCACGUUCUACUGUCUAUGGAAAAAUAGGGUCCGAUUUACAAUGCUCCCAGGGUUUCCAGGAACGCAUUAUUCAAAAAGCGGGAGCUACCUGUUUUAAAUUAAUUGGAAAAGCCGUUCCGAUUUACAAAACACCGUUUAACACGUAAAUCGAGGGGUACCCUGUAUAUCACUGAUGAUACAGCCUCAAAUGAUAUUGUCCACCGUAUCCUGGUAACUCUGUAGUUUUCGCUCAUCCGUCGUUUGUCUUGUGCAAGUACGAUUUCCAUUGUGUGCGAAUAAAAUUCAGAACCGAAUGAUUGGUUGUGGCUGUGUAAUGACCGAAUUCGAGUCGGCAAGUUCCGUUUCAGUCGUUUUAUUUUUGUUGCCGAGUGUAUCGCGUUACAAAUUGCGAAUGUAGCCCGACGCGAAUAAAGAAUGUUAACUAAA